UUGAAAUCGUAUUGUAACCUGGGGAAAAAUAUGCGGGACACAACUCUCAUUUUAAAUUCUGCUUUAAUAGUCCCAGCUUUGCUGGCUGACAAAGGCAAGAACUACGCCAAGGAAAAUGUUUGCCAAGAGCUCAAAGCUAUUGGAAUUGAGAAGUUCAAAGAAAUUCAAAAGUUCCCGAAUGGCACAUUCCAGGAGGUCAGUUGUGUGGCAGAUGAAAUGACCAAACUUGCAGAAAAAUGCUGUAAAGAUGAUGCCAGCCCUGACUGCUAUGAUAAAGGAGCUACAGAGAUCUCUGAGAAGUCAUGCGGAAAGGACUCUCCAUUCCCUAAACAUCCAGGCAUCGAGCAGUGCUGCACACUUCAGGGUCAAGAGAGGAAACUUUGUCUGGCCUCACUACGGUACUCUGCAGAUAAGCUGCCUUCUCUACUGGAGCCCACAAAUGAAGAGAUCUGCACGAGUUCAUUAAAGAUGAGAAGGACUAUGCUGUCAGGUAUGUGUACGAGUUUGCCCGAAGGUACAGAAACAUCCCAGCAGGCUUUGUUCUUAAUGCUACUCAGAACCAUGUGAGAAUGGCAGAGAGAUGUUGCCGCCCUGCUGUCAAAAACUCUUGUUUCCUCCAAGAGGUAGUGUGAACCAUACAUCUCUGAUUACACUCUUUGGAAAUCCUGGGGUGGCACGAACACAGUGAGAGGGGUGAUGUUGGGUGAAUGUAUUUAAUGCUGAUUAUAUUUUAUCACUUUGUCAUUUGCAAUCACAUGCGCACACACAGUAAGACGCUGCACAUCAUUCAUCCCAUAAUAGUUCAUUAUCAUCUUACAGGACUAUGUUAUUAUUAGACGUCACGACCGAAGUAACUGGCACUGAAAUGACAAGGAAUGGUGGUCAAAGGGUUACGCAAAAAGCAAAUUGGGUGAACGAACCCUUUAAGAUCCUGGUGAAUGUAAUUGGAUAGAGGUACAACUAAUUGUUUUAUUUGUUCAUUUAAAUGUUUUUAAAAGUUACCUUGUUACCAUAGCAGAUGCA